AUGACAACUCUUAUGUUUGGUGGAGUAUAUCUCUUUUUACCACCAGGAACAAGGGACAUACCUCUUGUAAGCGCGAAUGGCUUGCGGGAGAUUGCUGUCGGGUUCCUUCAUGAGGUAGCGGCGCAUGCCGCGCAUCGCUUCCCUGAAGAAGGCCUCAGAAUCGCAAAUAGAUGUUCUAGCACAAGUCGAGAGAAAAGCUCGGAUACAGGUGAACAUCGCAGAAUGUUUGCAAUUGUGUAUGUGAAAUCACAGAAGUAA